GCGGCUUACGUCACAAAGACGCGACGGAUCGCCAAGCAACCAGUUGUGGUCGUGGAGAACCAUCUGAGUGUGAAAACAGCGGGAAAAUGGGCAUUUUCUCGGCUUAGACGCCGCUUUUAAUGGGCGCUCGGUAGGAUCCCAGCAGCUGCAGCAGGGAUGAGGAUCCAGCUGAAGGGCCCCGGCCACUCGGCCAACCUGCUGGCCGAGCUCAACCGCUGCCGGCAGACGCGUCAGUACUGCGACGUGUUCCUGCAGGUGGGCGGCCGCACCUUCGCGGCGCACCGCGCGGUCCUGGCCUGCGCGGGGGCCUACUUCCACGGCCUGUUCGGCCGCGCUCCGCCGCCGUCCUCCCCGGUGUUCUCGCUGGAGUUCGUCUCCCCGGCCAACUUUGAGAAGGUGCUGACGUUCGUCUACACGGGGGACGUUCUCAUCGACCUCAUCGACGUGGGGGUGCUGUACGAGCUGGCCGAGCGGCUCGGCGUCGGCGAGCUGGUCAGGGCCUGCCACGCCACCUUCCCCGACCUGCAGGCGUCUGCGUCCGCCAGAGCGGGCGGAGACACGGAGCUCGCCCUCGGCUCGGCGACGGUCGGCGCCUCUGCUUCGUCCGCCUGCUCCUCCGCCGCCUCCUGCUCCUCUCUGUCCUCCUCGGUCGGUCGGUCCGCCGCAGCUCCCUCGCCUCUGUUCCCGGCCAGGACGGGCAGGACGGGCCGGGAAGGAGCGGCUCUCGCUCUGGACCUGAAGGCCGAAGACUUCCAGUCUCACGUGGGCUACGGACAGAUGGUGGCCGACCUUCAGCUACAAGCUGCUCCUCGCCCCGCGCUUCAGCUGAAGACCGAGCCGAGUCUGGACAGCAGGGGGGACAGAGGGAGCUGUGAGGACUGUGUGACACGCUGCCACAUCCUUUCCGAGCGCGACUCCUGCUCCCUCCCAGACUCCUCCGCUCAGCUCGGCGCCGAGGCCUGCGCCCCGUCCUCCUCCUCAGGGGAGCCUCCGUGCUGCCUGCAGGCGGCGCCGGCGCCGGGAGCCGCGGCGGCCAAGGAGGGCGACGCUGCCCUGAUGUUUGAGGAGGCGGAGGCCAGAGAGAGCAAGGAGGAGACAGAAGAGGCGCAGGGCGACGGCGCCGAGGAGGAGGAGCAGUGGAGGCAGCUGGCGGGAGAGAUCAUCGAGCUGAGUGACGACGAGACCUACAUGGAGGAGGAGGAGGAUGAAGAUGAGCUGGUGUGUGUGGAGAACGGAGACGGCAGAGACGAAGACAGCAGCCUGGUGAGCAGGAACCUGCUGUCGUGCAAAGCCUGCUCGGCGCCGCUCCCCGCAGACCCGGUCGCCGUGAAGCGGCACGCCGAGGGCCACCUGACGGAGCUGGGGCUCUGCAGGCUGUGCGGCGCCUCCUUCCCUGACCGCGCCGCCGCCGUUGCCCACUCCCUCUCCCACGUCAGCGUCCAGCUCUGCGCCUGCGAGAUGUGCCGGCAGGAGUUCUGCAGCCGCAGCAAGCUGCUGCGCCACCACCACCAGACGGCCUCCGCCUACAGCAUACCCCAGGGGGCGCUGAUGAGCAGCAGCCAAGGCCUGGCAGAGCUGAAGUGUGCGGUGUGCACCAAAACCCUCAGCAAGGAGUUCCAGAGCCUCCGGGAACACCUGCUGAGCCACGUGUGUCUGCAGACCCUGACCUGUGGCGUCUGUCACCUCCCUCAACUCUCCCUGUGCUCCCUGCUCUGGCACGCCCUCACCCACCUCUGCUUGCCCGUCUUCACCUGCCCGCACUGUGCCCGCUGCUUCGUGGAGCGCCCCCUGCUGGACAGGCACGUGGCCACGCACGCCGACGAGGCGGCGGCUAAGGAGAAGGAGCGGAUGGCGCUGGGGGCCCGCAGGGUCGGGGGAGGCGCGGAGGAGAUGCAUUGCUUCCUGUGUCCGGAGACGUUCCGCUCCUCCUCGGCCUUCCAGUACCACCUCAGCCUGCACACCGCCGAGUCCCUGGGCGACGGGGGGGGCCAGGGGGGCCAGGGUUGUCUGGGCAAGCGUAAAGCCGACCAGUCUCUGGAGUGUCCCCCGUCUUCCUCGUCUUCGUCCCCGCGGGACAUGGGUGGCCACUCUAAGAUCAACCUGGGCCUGGGUAUGGGGAUCGGCUUCAGCGUGCCGGAGAGGUUCCUCCAGGGGACGGUGCACGGCUUCCCCUCCGGGGGCCCCAGCAGCAGCAGCUCGGCCCAGGAAGGCGGCGCCGGAGCGGCCGGCGUCCGUGGGAAGUGGUACCGGUGUCGCUACUGCGGCAAACGCUUCGCCCACUCGGGGGAGUUCACCUACCACCUGCGCAUCCACACCGGGGAGAAGCCCUACCAGUGCAAGGUGUGCCUGCGCUUCUUCCGCGGCCGCUCCACCAUGAUCUGCCACCUGAAGACGCACGCCGGCGCCCUCAUGUACCGCUGCACCGUGUGCGGCCUCUACUUCUCCACCCUCAAGCUGGUGUCGUCGCACAUGGAGCUCCACAAGGACCACCUGCCCGCCGAUUUCAACAUCGAGCAGACCUUCAUGUACAACGACCACUCCAAAGAGCCGCUGGCCGCGCUGGACCCCUGAGGGGCGGCCGUCCUACACGCCUGUUUUAAACUACCGCUGCAGCUAAAGCCUGCGUCCGCUACUAAAGUCUUUAUCCGAAUCAAGGUUUCAAGCGAGAAUGUUGUAAAACUCAAAAGUUUAUUAAUUUAUUAUUUAUAAAAUGUUGCAGACGGGGAAAAAUUGUCUGCAGCGUUCUUAAACAGCCUGGAAGUGUUUGAAAAUUAGGGAAUUUAUGUAUUUUUAGUGUUGGAUAAGUAAGGAAAAUAUGUGGAGAAUGGAUAGAAAUGUCCAGACUUUCUUCUGUAUACCUCUCUCUACAAGGUUCAUCCUCUCAUCCCUUUUUACGUCCUCCGGCUGCUUGUCCAUCCAUCCGUUUGUCUAUACGUCCAUUCAUCCAACCAUUCAUCUGAUUCACGCAUCAGUUUAUCCAUUGAUGCAUUUGUUUGUCCAUCUAUCCAUCCAUCCAUCCAUCCAGGUUCCAUUUUUAAACCCGGAUUAUUUUGCCAAACCUUCCAUAAAUUCAUAGUAAAGUUUUGCUUUUAAGCAGCCAAAGUAGGAGAGUAGGAAAUUAGCAUCUGGGGAAAAUAGGAAAUUUUGACAAGAUGAUAAAUUCGUAGGAAGAUUUUUGAGCAGUUAAUCAUUUUGGCUAUAAAAAAAAAGGAUGCAUUGGAUUUUACUUCUGUUUGUGUGUCUAAAACACGUUUUCAUUGGAAAAUUAUGUGAAACACGCAACGGUAAUAAUAAGCUAGAAUCAGGAACACGUUUCACGUCGCGUUCUUUGGAGGCUCUAUUAUAGUUGUCUGGGUGGUGCUCAUGUAUUCUGUGUGAUGUUUGUGGAAAAACUGUCCAGUUGCACUUUUAAGAGCUGGUCUAGGAUUACAGCCUACAGACCCAUCUGGAAUAUCUCAUUACUCACGUGCCUGUUGAAGAGAUAAACGUGUUUUACGUCUGUUAACGAGUCCUUUAGCUCUGUGUUAGAUGUAGAUUUCUGAAAAAGGCCGAUCAGGCUCAACCUGGAGGUUGGCAGGAAGCAUCUACUCCAAAGGAAUCUUUUCUUUCUAAAAGUCAGGUUUUUAAUGUCAGUGACUGAUGCACUGUUCUUAGAAUAGAUUCACACUGUAGCAUCCAAAAUGAAUGAUUUUCACGUUAUUUUUGUUAGAUCAACCUAAAGUUUAACUUCUUAAACUUUGGAGUAAACAUGGGAGCAAGCGUUUUGGUCGAUUUUUCUGACUUUGCAGAAGGAAAACUGUUAUUUACCUGCUACUUGCACCUUUUUUGAACAAUGCACACGGUCAUGUUGUAGGGCUGUCAUGUUUAGGUGCCUGUCAACACAGUUCUGUCUUAACUCAUAUUUAUAACGAUUGUCCUGAUGCCUUUAUACUUUUCCAUAUCUCUUUGUUUUGAAAAGGAAUAAAUGUAAUUGUUCUGUUUGAUUUAUUGCCUUUUAUAAUGUCCCUCACCAAAAAACUGGUUUGUCAUCAGAAUUCUGCUGAUGAAUUGGUGGAAAAAUGCUGCUCAAAGUCCCUUUCUCCUGACAUUUGGCCCUUUUUAAAAGCCUGGUCCUUUCCUGCAAUUGUGCCAACUGUGAACUGAUGACCCCCUUCCCCUUUUCUUUCCUGCUUUCUUAUCAUCCAAAACCUUUGGAACAUUCCAGAAGCCGCAGUUAACUUUAUAAAGAUCAGUGGAAUGACUUUCAAAAUAAACACUAAGCUUCCUAA